UGUAGGGUUCACUUUCAAUUUAUUUUUCAGUUCAUGCAUUUUAAUCUGCAGCCAAUUUUACGCUUCCAACCCGACGAGAAAGGUUGAAGUUUCCCUAUACUUGGAAGUAGUAGUAGAAACGAAUCCAGAGAUUGCACCUGCAUCAUUGUGGAAUCGUAAGGACAUAGUCGAAUUCAAAAAUACAAUAAAGAAAGAAGGAAGCGAAGGUAUCAUCAAAGUUGGAUACGGAGAAACUGUCACUGUUCGUGUGCCUACUCACGAAGACGGUACAUGUCUAUUUUGGGAAUUCGCCACGGACUACUAUGAUAUUGGCUUUGGUGUUUACUUUGAGUGGACGAUUGCUGAUAGCAACCAGGUGUCAAUUCAUGUAAGUGAAUCUGAUGAUGAGGAUGAAUAUGACGAGACAGCUGGAGCCGAAUUUUUUGUUGACAUUUUCAUUUUUUUAGGUGGUAAUCCAGCGCUUGGAGACGUGGAAAGUGGAGGACCACCGCGCGCUUUCCGUGACCCUAACAAGCCAAGGCAGGAUGAGAUUAUUCCUGUAUACAGGAGAGAUUGUCAUGAAGAAGUCUAUGCUGGAAGUCACAGCUACCCUGGAAGAGGUGUAUAUCUCCUGAAAUUUGACAACUCUUAUUCACUCUGGCGAUCUAAGACGCUUUACUACCGUGUCUACUAUAGCAAGUGA